CGAGAGGUGCUCCUCGGCAAUUCUCCCGGCGUUCCCGUAGGUUCGCUCUUUCUUCCGAAGGGGACAGGCAUGCCUGUCUGACGCCUCCUGAGGUUGUGGGGUCUCUUAAAGUUGUGAUUGUGAGAAACGGUUGCGGUGACCUCUGAUGUAAAAAAAAAAAGUAAACAGCGAAUAAAACGGCAAGGCGGAUUUUACAUUGGAGAAAUACAAUGAAGAUACUUAACAGGAUUGAACUACCAAAAUUGACAGAAGUUGAAUGUUUCAGUAUAAUGGAAUGUGUGGCUAAGAGAAAGAGGAAGCAAUUGACGAAGGAAGAGCCUUCAAAGACUUAAAGAUGUGUUUUGCUAAUGGGUGUGAGCAAGCUAGAUGUCUUAUAUAGGCGUCUACUUCUCACUAAACUUUUCAUUCAAGGAUGGGGAAGACCAGAAGACUUAAAAAGAAUAUUUGAAUUCAGAAAGAUUAUUGGAAACAGGGAAAAAUGUCAGAAUCUUGUUCCAAGGGACUAUCCUGUGCACAUUAAUAAGGUUGAGGAACAAUCAGACUGCAAGAUCCUUGAUGGACACUUUAUUUCUCCUUUGGCACAUUAUGUUCCUGAUAUCAUGCCAUCAGAAUCAAUUACUGCAAGAUUUCAAUUUAUAGUACCAAAGAGAUGGAACAACAAGUACAAACCUGUUUGUAUUCAUUUAGCAGGCACUGGAGACCAUUACUUUUGGAGACGACGAACUUUAAUGGCCCGUCCAAUGAUCAAAGAGGCCUGCAUGGCUUCAUUAUUGUUAGAAAACCCCUAUUAUGGGUACAGGAAACCUAAGGAUCAGUUAAGAUCCUGUCUAAAAAAUGUGUCUGACCUAUUUGUGAUGGGAGGAGCUCUUGUUCUAGAAUCAGCAACUCUCUUGCAUUGGUUGGAAAAAGAAGGAUAUGGACCUCUCGGGAUGACUGGCAUAUCAAUGGGAGGACACAUGGCAUCAUUAGCAGUAUCUAAUUGGCCUAAACCAUUACCAUUAGUUCCUUGUCUGUCCUGGUCUACAGCCUCUGGUGUUUUUACUACGGGUGUAUUGAGCAAGGCAGUGAAUUGGCGGGAACUAGAGAAACAAUAUUAUACUCAGAGUGUUUAUGAAGAAGAAAUAAUUCAAAUGCUUGAAUAUUGUGGAACAGAUUCAUUCAAGAUGGGACAAGACUUUGUUAAAGAUUCUCCAAACAGUGUGGACAGCUUGAGUUGUCUGGAUCUCAACUCUGGUAUUCUGCACCUAGAUAUCGGAAACAAAGUUCCUUCUUCAGAAGUGGGUCACUGCCUUAGUCCUAAUAAAAACAAUCUAAGCUCCUCAACGGAAGAAUUGUUGGUGCAAGAUGCACCCAAAAUGCAGUGCAUAAACCAGACAUUUUCAACCAGCACCAAUAGUGCUAACUUUUCCAGUGAACAAAAUCACCUGAUAAGUGGAAAAAAUGACAGUUUACAAAGGGAAUCAUUACGAUUUAUGAAAGGAGUAAUGGAUGAAUGUACCCAUGUUGCUAACUUUUCAGUUCCAGUUGACCCCACACUGAUUAUAGUUGUCCAAGCUAAGGAAGAUGCCUAUAUUCCAAGAACUGGAGUGCGUAGCCUUCAAGAAAUUUGGCCAGGAUGUGAAGUCCGAUACUUGAAUGGAGGUCAUGUUAGUGCUUAUCUCUUCAAACAAGGAUUGUUCAGGCAAGCCAUAUAUGAUGCAUUUGAACGUUUUGUUCAGAAAUAUUUGGCAUAGUCAUCUUCUGUUGAAUUGUUCCACGUACUUUCAUUUUCUUGUGUGGAUCCAUUCCCAUGAACUGGCAAUCUGUAAGUCAUUGAAUAGAACAAACCUAACAAGAUUGUAAUCAAAUGUAACUUUUUAAAGUUAGAUUUGUGGUGCUAAAGUGAUUUUAGCAAAAUUUGUUAAUAUUGGUGUCUUACAUCUGCAAAAUAUGCUUUGAUUAAAAAUAAAUAUGAUUUGGAAAGUUUAUACAUCCACAGAAGACAGACCAAUUCAAUAUUGACAACUCUUUAAAUUUCAACUUGCAUACUUCAUUUUGUUUUACUAUAUUAUAAAGAGCCAAAGAAUUAGGAGUAUUGUGUUACAGCAAUUUAAUACUAGUUCCUAAAAGGAAAAAUAAUAAUAUAAAUUAGGCUGAAUCUUUGCACAUGUGCUAUGGAAGAUGGCUGCCUGAGCUUGUUGCUCAGGUUGCAAGAGAGACAAAAUAGCCUAGACUGAGCCUCCGCCGAUCACCAGACCUUUGAAAAGGGAGAACUGGGGUGAGAGGAAUCUAAGACGUCCUGGAGGGUUGCUUGUUUGGAGAUACGUUUUUCAGGUGGCUUAGGACGGGCUUCGGCGGUGUCGGACGGUGUUGGACAGCCUUUGGGCAGUGCCCCCCCCUCCGCGGACGGCGGUUCCUAGCUAGCGGAGCAGCGUUUUUGCCUGCGUUUCGCCGGGAAGGGCGGCGUUUACACCUGGAGGGGGACCGCUCUGGUGGCUUCGGAUAGUCCCUGGUGGUGCUGGGCAAUGGCGAGCGGCUGUUAUGCAGCGCCCGCCUCCUCGCUGCAUGGUCAACGGCGGCGUUUUCUUCAGCGAUUCUAGCGGCGGCACUGACUUCCGACCCUGUCCGCUCGUCGUGAUAAGCCUCUGGGAGUUUUUCUUGAUUGCCAUCGCCCCGGAGAGGAGGUUGCCGAGCUGGGCUGUUGCCAGAGUUGGACAAAUCGGGCGGCUGGCCUCCCAUCGCCGCCGCAGCCUUUGGGGUGUCCCCUCUUCCCUGCUUGGCUCGGGCUCUCGUCAACGCUGCAGCGUUUUUGGCCUUUUCGGCAUUUCGGCCUUACUUUGGAGACCUUAGGGGACUUGGGAGGCCUGUGAGAACUGGCGCUUUUGGCGAAUGGGAGAGAACUUCUGGACUGCGUUAUCAACAUUGGCCUAACGAGAGGAUGGUUGGCCCAGAUGGCGCCGAAGAUGGUCGAGCGCCUGGCGUGCAGCUGCCAUUGCGGCCUUCGCGAGCCUUCCCCCCCCCCGGCAGUGUUUUUCGAUCUGCAAUGCCUUUUAUUUCAGCUUAUUGCGUCUGGGAGAGCUCUUGGAACCUGCGGGGUCUCCCCUUUCUGCCUCUUUCUGUGGCUGGAGAGGGCCUUCUCUCCUUACCACCUAUGCUAUCUGGUUCCCCCUGUCCACGCUCAUAGAUUUGGACCCUUGGACUCCCAGCUUUGCAACCGUAUUCCCGGGCCACGAUUAUCACCGCCCUCCACCAUCUCAGGAACCCGAUCUCUGCCACCUGGACUUUUACUCCCCUUUCACCACUCUAC